AACGCCUUCCACGUCUACGCCAACGAGCCUUCUCGCACCUCCGAGGCCAAGCACUACUGCGCUCAUGUCAAUGAGGAUGUGCGGCAAUGCAUUCUGAACGACUCACCUGCGCCCAAUGCUCGCUUGAUUGGGCACUCUCACGUGUUUGAGGUCAAGUCUGGAAUGCUCAUCAUGCCUGCGCCUGCUGCUGUGCCAAAUGCUGUGUGGGAGAAGGCCGAGAAUGCGGAGAUGGAAGACGUCGUGCAUCUCUACGGCAAGGUCUUCCAGCUCUGGCAGGUCGACCGUGGCGAC